CUGUUUUGUAGAAAUAGAGCAAUUCAAUUUUUACACGAAAAAAGGGUGAUAUAUUUGUGUGUGUGUGGGUGUGUUUUCUUUUUGUACUUUUUGUUUGUUGUGGGGUUUUUGGGAUGGAUCACGCCUGUCAGCUGUAACUCAUCACCUACAGGGCAUUUAAAACGUUGUUGAAGUUUUUGCAAGAGCUGGUGAAUCUUUUUGGCUCUUUUGCUUUAAGUGUAAGGGUGACUCUCUGCUGCUCUCCUCUCCUAGAACCUAAACCUCUCUACUGCCAGACCGAUGAUUUUUGUCAUUGUGUGGAGACGUCGAUCGACUUUACCCUACGCGGAUGUUUUCAAGAUGCGAUCAGCAUCUGCUUUGAACUGGAGCCAAUCCUUAUGCUUAUUGACUUGGGGCCACCAGACCGACUCUCUUCUGAUUUUUGUGUGGGUUUAGAGUUUGUGUCACAUGGACAUUUUGGGUACUGACUUCAGGCCUAGUUCCUCUCGGAGCUCAAAUUUUCAUUUCACAUGUAUCACAUCUUGGCCUGUGUAUUUAUAUAGCCCUUAAUCACAGGUGUCUCAAGGGGCUGCACAAGCCACAAUGACAUCCUCGGCUCAGAUCCCACAUCAGGGCAAGACAAAACUCAACCCAAUGGGAUACAAUGAGAGACCUUGGAGUGGACCGCAGAUGUGGUUAAAGGCAAUGGACAAAGAAAGACUGUACCGUGUACACGCCCUAUUGAACAAGAUCUACAAGACAGGGCACAUUCCAUCACAUAUAAACAAAUUCAGCUUUAUAUGUGUCAACGCAUUGCGGCGCACUUGCUGUGCGGAGUUGCCACCUCUUGGAUGCACACGACCAGUCUGGCAGGAGUGCAGCUUAUCUGGAGAAGUUUCACAAUGAACAAUCUACAGGUACGGAAUAUGAGGAAGCUGCCACACUACUACUACGAGGGAUACGUGGAGAAAAGGUCCUUUAAAAAUGAGCUGUCAGUGUCUUCCUCACUCAACCUGCUGCCUGGACAAAUGCUAAGGCUGAAAGAGGUGGUGGAAAAGGAAAUGAAAAGGCUAAAACAUGUACCUGUACCAGUUGACCCUGUUGUGGAAAUGCCAAACUGUUUCCACCCAGUGUCUCGCUUGGAGGCGGAGCUUCUUCUGGAGCAAGAAGCCAGCAAAGGAAACCUGCUGUUAAGGCCCAACAGUGACGGCCGUGCCUUUGCUAUUAGCACCAGAGAAGAACUUAACGGACCCAUAUACAAACACUAUCGCGUGAUCCGCAAACACGACGCCAGCUUCACCAUCGGUGUGAAACAUCCCGUCACCUGCGCUUCUCUACCUGACAUCUUCACGUACUUCAUGGACAUAGACACAGAAGGCAGUCUCACCCCUCUAUCCAGGGAGGAAAUCUAUCCGCAGAACAUCUCUUACGUUGACUCUGAUAAUGAAAGUGGAGAAAGACUAUUGCGGAGGUCUUCUGCUGGAAUACUCAAACCUAAUUUCUCAACCAAACCAGAACUCAAAGUGAAAGCUGAGGAGAAACCAAAGAAGCCUCCAGUUUCUAAACCUCGCAAAUAUCCCCCUCCUCCAAAGUUGUCAUCACCUAGUCAACACGUGAAAAAUAGACCUAGCUCAGGAACCACACGUGGGGUAUGGGUCACAGCCAGGAGUGGGUAGUAACGCGCUACAUUUACUCCGUUACAUCUACUUGAGUAACUUUUGGGAUAAAUUGUACUUCUAAGAGUUGUUUUUAUGCAACAUACGUUUACUUUUACUUGAGUAUAUUUAUAGAGAAGAAAUGCUACUUUUACGCCGCUCCAUUUAUCUACAUUCAGCUCGCUACUUGCUACUUUUUUUUAAUCGAUCUAUUAAUGUUUGUUUUGGUUUAUGACAGAGCUUCAAAGUAGAAUCCACGCAUGCCUGCAUUUCACCAAUCACAUGGUCACUGGUGACGUUGGACCAAUCAAACAGAGCCAGGCGGUCACAUGACCGUCACACGUAAACCCGAUUUAAGCAAGUUGAAAAAUGUAUUGGGGUGUUACCAUUUAGUGGUCAAUUGUACGGAAUAUGUACUGUACUGUGCAAUCUACUAAUAAAAGUUUCAAUCAAUCAAUCAAA